AUGUCAGACGAUCAAUUGAAGACUAAGGCGGGUGUCGAGAGGGAGCAGCCCAACACUUCUGUUUCUCCAACUCAUCAUGCUCCUCCUCCACCACCCCCGCCACGACACUCUCGGAGACCGGCUUCUGGGGAGACUCGCUCAGAUGUAAAUGCUCGACCCAGCCCCAAGUUUUCACAUCAUCGACCUCCGCCUCCUCCGCCGAGAAGUCCAAGAAAGCAGCACUCAUUGGACGCCCCCUCCUCAACCAAGAAACAAUCUUCAUCGCCAGCCAAGUCACCACUCAAGCAACAUUCAUUUCCGCUCCAGACCGACUCGGAUCACUCCACCACUUCGGAACCUUCUCAGAAAGUGACACCAGUUAAACCACCCUCCACGCCAACAAAACAUCAUCUUCCACUUGUGUAUGGCAUCUUACACGGCGAAACACCACUAUUCCACCAAAUCACAGCGGACAAGAAUACUGAUACUAUUCUCCCAAUCCGUCCGAGGUCCAAAAGCAUCUCAUCUCCAGCCGCUAAACCGUUCACGGCAAGCCCUUUGAACUCGCCUACAUCCGGCAAGCCUCAAGACCGAGAGCGGUUUCCCCUCAUUAGAAGUAUUGCUCGAGGCGAGAAGCCAAUAAUUCACAAGGUUCAAGCUGAAAUCGCCAAGCAUCGUGUGCAGAAAACGCAUGAGGCACAUGAGAGAACGCCGAUAGUGGAUGAUGAGGAUUGGGGUGUUGGUGAGGGCCGUGGGUUUGAUGUCGAGGAGAUGGUUAGGGAGGACGGGAAGAUGAUGGAGGAGACGGAAGAGAAAGUUAUGAUUGCAAAGAGAAUUGCGGGAUUGACUGAAAGUUAUGAUGUCGAGAGCAGUGGGAGUGGGAAGAUGGUUUUUGCGACCGAGAUCGAAGACAAGAAGGAGAACAUGAAGAAUUCGAAAGAGGAUUCCGGUGUGAGGAGAAGGAGUGCUAAUAUCCGACACGGGGAGCUGCCUCCUUUGUUCACAAAUACGGGAAAUAAAGCCAUCGGAACGAAAGUCAUGGGGGAGAAAAGUCCAACUUAUUUGACUCCGACUACUUACUCACCAUUUCCGGAUAGGAUUAAGGAGACGACGUUUGUGGCUACCAGACGCCAUUCGAAACAAGCUUCAUUGGAUACGAUCGAUGGGAUGAUGAGUUCGAAGAGCUCGGGCAAACGACGUAUCUCCAUCGACAACGAAAAUCCUAUGACGCCCGAUGAUGCGUUGGUGAAGCCAAAGAAAUUUGUCUCGUAUGUUAAGAUUGAGGAGUCUCCAAUUGAGUCCCCGAGUACAAAAACGCAUGGAAGAUCUGGCACGUAUCGUCGACAUGUUGCUUCACACUCGGGUACGGCGAAAUCACCACUUGAUGGCUCGCAAAAGAUUGAAGAUAUUCUGCCUGAUCUUGCAACACCACACUUGGAGUCAAGUCAUGAAAGACCAGCUUCUUCGUCGCCUGCUAAGCCCACGAGAAGUGCAGCUUCCACAGCAAUCAGACACACAUCCACUUCGGAUUCCUCCAGAUCAACAACCGGUAUCACAGCACCCACCGAUGCCAUUACCCCUCAUAUCCCUAUACAAUUCCACGAAAAUCCAAUCAAUCCACGAGACCUCCAAUCUCCCGACCCCCUCUCCCUCACAGAAGACCCCUCCAUCUCACAAAUACUCUCCUUCUUCCCUCUCCCACCCCAGCCCACAUCUCCAAACGCAACAACUCCUCCAAUAGCCAUCCCCCAAAAGACCCCCUUGGUGCCCUCCACACCCUUAGCCCACGAACAAAAAUUCAACACCUACACCACCUUUUUCCUCGCAGCCGACACUUUCAUAACGUGGAACUCGGCUACUAACGCCGGACUCUUGGACGACACGGACGACUCAGCCCUCCUCUUCGACGAGAAAUUCAGGGACGCGUUUAUUGCUGACGUCCCGCUCGCCGAACCACCCUGUUUCGACCUCCCGUCCCCAAUAUCAAGACAGGACGACACAGCCAUCCUCUUCGCCGACGACGCGGAGCAUGAGAUCUGCGCUAUGUUCUGCGCGGCUAGCAAACUAGUUACCGAUGUCAUCACGGCAGCAGGGAAACGGUUUGUUGCAGAGGAGAUAGAGAAGUUGGGUGAUGAGGUGUUAGCCUGUAUGGAGCAAAUUUGCGGGGGAGUGGAGGAGGUUCCGAGUGGGGAGAUGCGGGUUUUGGUGAGGAGGAUGUUUGGAUUUAUGGAGGUUGAUGAGGUGCUACGUCUGUCUCUCCAUCACGUAGCUUUCCAAAAAGGUCUUGCAAUUAUGGCGUCAAUUAUUCUUGAAGGGAUCGAGCCGCGUGCUCUCUCGAAACCUCAGAAAUACCUCGCAAAUUUACCUCGUGAGAUCGUUCAUCUAAUAUUGAAAGAUGUAGACAUCAUCAAGGUCCUCAACAUUUUAUCGUACAAUCACGGAUAUCUCAAUAGUUGUAUCGUCACAUCGACAAAAUUUGGGCCGCUCACGAUUCCCUAUGAGCCUGACUCAAAUGACGGACAAUGGAUCAAAGACCUCGCAAACACAACAAAACUCUACAUACUUCAUCUCGAGAUAUGUGUUAUCCGAAAGAGAGCGAUCCAAGGUCCGAAUUCACUCACUCAAUUGCCGCUGUUGCUGAGAGAGCAUUACGAUGCGUGGAAGGCGGACAUGCACACGGACCUACGUAAAAGACUUGCAGACCAAAUCCACGAAACGGCGAUGCUAGACGAGUAUGAGAAAUCGGUUUAUCUUUCCCACACGACGAAACCCUUUCCAGACCAGGAAGAAGGUCGGUCGAUGGAUUUGGAUAUCCUCUCUGCCCGGUGGAGAUGGAUUAAAGAGACUUGGAUCUCCAUGGGAAAGGCGAAAUGUCGCCAAUUGAACAUGGCAGCGGAUAUUUUGUCAGAAAUGCCGGGAAGAGUUGCUUUGAAGAAGCCCUUAGACCCUUCCCAGACUCCUCCUUCGAGCGCUGAUCAUAUCGUGCGACUGUUGCGCGGGAAGGGAAAGCGAUAUGCGGAAUCGCAUAUACCGCCACACAGGAGGAGGCCUAAGUGCGUGGCAGGCGCUGAACUGAUUGAGCUGGUACCAUACGACCGAUAUCUGAGAAUCUUUUUGGGAGCACUGGAAAAGUAUCCUCCUAGUGCGAAGCAACUGGAAGCUGAUUUUGAUAAACUUUCGUUGGAUAAUGGUGCCGAUACUCCAUGUGUGUAUCCACAGAGUAUCAUGGAUGAUCUCGAAAUAGCGGUCAAGGGCUUGAGAUAUGUUUAUAAUCGUGAUCCGGACAUCAGAAUCCCUCGGAUUCAGUGGAAUUCCUUCGAACAUGCGCGAAGGUCGAAUCCUACUUUUGCUGUCGGCCAUUCUCAUCACCUCACCAACUCAAGUCCAUGUCCUUGGUGUGUCGCCAUGCAUGCUGCCUAUGAUGACAGAGAAUAUGAGUGGUUAAGGGCGUUCUUGAAGGUGGUGUGGUGGAUGGAGCAGAAUCUUGACAUUCCUGAUGAUUUUGAGGUUGUGGAAAGCGAGGAGUUUCUCUCUGUAUGA